GCCGGAGUGAAGUCGUGAAUGUUGACAUUCAAUAUGGCGGUAUGUCGUCAGUGCUAUGCUGUGUCGUGCUUGUGAGUGUCGGUUUCGGGCAAACGGUAUAGCCUAUAGAUAGAAACAGAAUAUACGAUUACCUUCAACAAGCCGAUGUACCACAGAGCUCCGAUUCAGCAAGCAUUGAAGACAUCUGAGGAUCUAGUAUAUCAUAAUCAUAAGUAGAUUUAUUUUUCAAUAUUAGUGGUUUUGGUGAAGAAAUUGUGACACUUGUGAAAGAGACAUGUUGGUGUUCCAAUGAACACAAAGACUAAAGAAAAUGUGAUUUGUUUUCAAUAAAUUGUAACCACUUUUUAAAUUACAUUAUUCUGUGAUAUAUUCGUAAAUACAGCGUUUUUCGAGAAAUAUACACAGAAGAUACUGCAGUAAACAAGGAAUAAUGUCAAGCAAUCCUCAGUGGAAGAUGUUCCAGCCGCCAGAUUCACACUCAUCACCCCUGCAGGAUAUUCUUGAUCUCCAGCAUUCUAAUAUGCAGGCCAAACAGGCCUAUCGAAAUGGUACAUUUAGCAGCGAUUAUCCAAGUUCUCCAAGAGACAAUUAUAACAACGUGGGAAAGACUGGCGGGGGUGGCGGCAACCGCUUCACUCUCGCCAACUACAACAUAGACGGGUGCCCGAUGGGCGACUCGGUGGGGGUGUACUCCUCCAGUUCCAAUAACACAUCGUCCCAGCAAUAUGACUCUGUUAACCACCCGCCUAUCAGAGAAACUGGGAUUAUUGAAAAGCUACUGCAUUCCUACGGAUUCAUACAGUGUUGUGAGAGGCAGGCGCGUCUGUUCUUUCAUUUUAGCCAGUUUAGUGGAAACAUUGAGCAUCUCAAGAUCGGGGAUCCCGUGGAGUUUGAGAUGACUUACGAUCGCCGCACGGGCAAGCCUAUUGCCUCUACAGUCACCAAAAUAGCACCUGAAGUGGUAUUGAGCGAGGCGCGAGUAACGGGCACCGUGACCACCGAAGUGAAGGGCGAGGGCUCCGGCGACAACACGGGCAGGAUAUCGUACGAGAACCGCGGCGAGUGCUUCUUCUUGCCUUACACGAAGGACGACGUCGAGGGCAACGUCACUCUGCACACAGGCGACGCUGUCAGUUUUCAGAUCGCUACCAAUCAGAGGGGCACCCUAGGCGCGUGCCACGUGCGUUUCGAGAACCCCGUGCACCCGGUGAAGUACCAUGGCGUGGUGUGCUCCAUGAAGGACAACUUCGGCUUCAUCGAGCGCGCCGACGUGGUCAAGGAGAUCUUCUUCCACUACUCGGAGACUAAGACCAAAGAGGAGCUCGCGCUGGGCGACGAUGUUGAGUUCAUCAUUCAGACUAGAAAUGGAAAGGAAGUAGCGUGUAACAUAACGAAGCUGCCAAGCGGCUCCGUGGUGUUCGAGGACGUGAGCCCCGAGAUGAUGAAGGGGCAGGUGCUGAAGCCGCUGGAGAAGGGCGCCGCGCGCGCGCCGCAGAACGACCCGCUGCCCGGCCGCAUCCGGUACCGCGCCGCGGACCACUCGGAGGUUGAGGUGCCGUUCGGCGACAAGGAUCAGUGCGGCGAGUUCACGCUGAAGCACGGCGACUGGGUGCAGUUCCAGGUGGCCACAGACCGCAGGGACCAGCUUAAGCGCGCCACCAACAUCUCCUUGCUCGACGAGUCCUUCAACGUUUCUGGAGAGAGGCGGGAGCAAGGCGUGGUGUGUUCUCUCCGGGAAGGCUUCGGGUUCCUGCGUUGCGUGGAGCGCGAGCAGACCAUGUUUUUCCACUUCGCGGAGGUGCUGCGUUUCGGCCUCAUGGCCGAGAACCCCAAGGACGCCAAGGACCCUAACAACGCCAACAAAUAUAUACUCAGUGUCGGUGACGAGGUGGAGUUCACGGUGGACCCCGUGACGUCAUUCUCGAACAUGAACACCCGCCAGAGCGCCAUCCGCAUCAAGCACCUGCCGCCCGGCUCCGUGCACUUCGAGACGCUGGUCGAGCGGGGAGUGCGCGGCGUCGUCACCAAGGAGGCUCAGCUGUACAGCUCCAACUCCAGCCCUACUCGGAACCCCCCUCCGGAAUACAAUGGCGUUAUCAGUUGUCAAAUAAAUGGAGCGAAGAAGAAUCUUACCUACAUGGCCAAAAAGUGCGACUCCAAGAUGUUGCCCCGAGUUGGCGAUAAAGUCAUCUUCGAUAUUUAUCAGGUGAAGAGAACCAAGGAGCUGGUAGCGAUGUCUGUGACGAUCCAGCACAGUCUGACGAACGGCGGCUCCAGCAACGGCAGCCCUUCGUCGCGGGGCGUGCUGCACGGCUUCAUCGCCGCGCUCAAGGACGGCUUCGGCUUCAUCGAGACCUCCGACCACAGCAAGGAGGUGUUCUUCCACUUCAGCAACCUGGAGGGCAACCCCGACAACCUGGAGCUGGGCACAGAGGUGGAGUACGGGCUGGGGCGCGCGGGCGGGUCCGGCGGCGGCUGCGCCAGCGCGGAGUUUGUGCGCGUGCUGCCGCGCGGCACCGUGCCGCUCGCCAAGCCGCUCGAGCCCGCGCUCAACGGCACCGUCACCCGCACGCUGCGGGCGCUCAACCCGGAUCAGCCUAAAUACUGCGGUCUGAUCCAAAUGGAGGGCGGGACUUCGUACGAGUUCGGCAUCAUGGGGCUGGCGUGCAAGCGCGAGAUCCUGCAGGUCGGCGACCCGGUCACGUUCCAGGCGGACGCGGAGGGCCGCGCCACCAACAUCGUGCCUAUACGCAAGAAGCGCCGCGCCACCGUCGACGCCAUCAAAGGAGGUUUCGGUUUCCUGUCGCUAUCGGUGGAAGCGGAGGAGCAGCGGCGGCUGUUCUUCCACAUGUCGGAGGUGCGCGGCAACCCCGCCGAGCUGCAGCCGGGCGACACCGUGGAGUUCGUCAUGCUCACCAACCCGCGCAACGGCAAGAGCAGUGCCUGCAACGUCGUCAAAGUCUCCAGCGGCAAGGUGGCGGCGAAGCCCCGGCCGGAGCGGCCCGAGCGGCUGCUGGCGCGGCUGCGCACGGCCUCGCUGGAGGAGUCGGGCGCGCCGCGCGUCAUCGUGGUGCGCGGCCCGCGCGGGCCCGACGGCUCCCGCGGCUUCCGUCCGCGCCGCCCCAUCGCAGAAUUAUUAGCCGAGUGAACAUCUGCGGGCGACGCACCGCGGCCUCUGGACACCGGCAGCUACGUUUGUAGGUAAACCUCCUAAUGGUUUGAUUUUUCAAUUCAAAUUGUUUCAUUGUAUUCACGAGAGACUGACUGAUUCUCUUUUCUUUAGCAGCAUUUAGAGAAAUUGUUUUGUGAUUUUUACUAACUGUAGGAGAAAAAACACUGUUAAUAAAUUGGCAGCUGCCAUAAUACCGAUCAAGUUACAUCCACGUUGCGGCUUGUGAUCAAUGAGCGAUGAACAUAUCAACUUUAACCGGACCUUUAUUAUUUGCUUAUUACAAAUCUUCUUAUUACGUUUGUGAGAGGUUCUUUUUCGCAUGGUUACUUUGUUCAAAAUUCCGUUUGACAUGUUGUACCUACUUUAGCUGUUAUUUGGUUUGGUUGUACUUUAGCUCUCGAAUGUUGUACAUACCCGCCGCAGCCGUCAGCCGCCGUCAGCGACUGACUGAUGCGAUGGUCAUCCGUUGAAUAUUUUAUGUGCUUAUUUGUAUGGAGAAAAAUCAUCUCCGACUCGUGAGUGUUCUGUACCCAGGACGCGUUCUGUCUGUAUGUAGGUGGCACAUAACAAAUGAGGGUUUCUAGAUCUCACGUUAUUGUAACUUAUUGCAAGUAGAUCUCUGUCGGUUUAGUCUCUUCUGUGAUUAUGUAAUUUUAUUGUGCAAUACAUUUGUAAAACAAAACUGUCCUGUUUAGGGCGAUACGGCGUGUCGCCUGAUGCUCUGUAAAUUAUUUUCAACGAUGUUACAAAACCAUGAGCAACGGUGACCUCUUUUCGAAGACUACACGGGCCUGAAUCCACUUUGUGAAUUCAUCUUAAAAUGUACCCCUGAUGAAUGUAAAUUAAUACUAUAUUUCCGGUUUUUUGCUCUUGAUACAAGUACAUGACUCAUUUGUGACACUUGGCGCCGUAUCAUAAAUGACAACAAUUUGAAUACACAAAGUGGAUGAACCCCAACUAUGAAAACAGGUUCCUUGCCGAUAUGUCUUAUAAUAAGACUCAGUUUGCCUUUUUGGAUGUAUUUACGAGUAAGUAGCAUUGUAAAGUUUGUGUUGCCUAAAUCACUUAAUGAAAUUGGCAAAUAUUUUUGUUGUAUAUUAUGCUGAGAAGAAAAGGUUCUUGUUAUAUACCAAAUCAAUGUUUACCAAAGGUCUAGAGGAUCAUGGAAUACUCAAACUUGGUAUGACUAUCUAUGUCUGUAUGUGUCUGGGUCAGUCGAUAAAUAAAAUCAAACCCGGGAAAUGAAAAUAGAUUUGAUCGGAGGCAACAAUAUUUUUCUGUUAAAUUUAACAGUGGAAUCUGAAUCAUGUGUAGAAAAAUAUACUAUUGGUCAAUUUCUUUUUACAAUCAAAUUGAAAAUAAACAUAAAACAAAGGUGUCCUUCUUUUAUUAAUACUAUAUCAAUUUUUGUAGGGUCUAACUUUGUUUAUACAAUCUGAAAUCAAAAUAAACAAAGUAAUGGUCUGUAGGUACUAUAAACAAUAAAAUCCAAUUGUGCUCUAACGUGUGAAUGUUUUGAAUAUUAGCGAGUUUGAAAUAUUCAUCGCAGGCUAAAAGGGGAAGAAACGAUUAGAUAACAAUUGAUUAUGGCGCGCGCCACUGUUGCGCACGGUGUGACGACACUAGCGAACUCUCGCUUUAUUGUAUCGAAUUACUGCGUUAAAGUCUGCCUAUUUAGUGCAACUUCAUUACAUAGCGUGGCCCUCACAGACCACCUUACUUGUCUGUCACCAUUAUAAUCAAUUUAUUAAAUAGUAAAUUAAUCGUAUUGGGAAAGAAAUCAAACCUGUUACAAAAGAAAAAUAUAUUACUUCUACUUGGCUAAAAUUAUCAAAAUGUCAAGAGUAUAAAGUAAUAUUACUGUGAAUAAAAAUAUCUAUAGUCCGUGUCUUUUUUGUUGUUGUGACGUCUAAUACGUCGAAUUUGUUUUUGAUGUAUUGGGAAGAACCUCUGAAACAGUAUAUGUAGAAUAAGAAAGAUAAAAGUUGGUAAGGUGGUGUGUGUCGGGCACGCGGCGCCGGACCGAGCCCGCCGCGGGCGUCUCAUCUAGCAUGUGCCGCCGCCACCACGAGUGCAUCGCACUAGCCGUCGGGCUAACACCGCUCUACCUUAUAUAUACUACCUAAACUAAAUGAACAAAAAUCAAACUAAUCGGAUAAAAAAGCAUUUAUAGAAGUAUGCAAUGUACUGGAAUGGAACCAAAGACUGAAAAAAUAUUUAUUACAAUAUUAAUAUUGGUGUUAGAUUAUUUUAAUUAACGGUAUGUUGUGAACAUUCACUUUGCGGUCGUAGAAAUGUUAUUGUUUGCCAUCGUUCGAUAUUGUUUUAUGGCAAAUGAAGUAUUUAUGACUGGCGGAUGUGUGGCGCGUUGUUACGUUCUAUACACGUAGCUUUUUGGAAUCGAUUCGUGUAGAAACUAGACGUUGAUUUGUAGCGGCGCCUGAAGUAUCCGUUGUGUGGACUGAGGUGAUAUAAGCAACACGAUGAUGUGUUCAGGAUCGUGUUGAGACGAAGGGACAGUGUGGCCGGCGAGGGGCGCCCGCCCGCCUCCUCGCCCCGCGGCCGUCUCUUCCUCCUUCUUUCUCAUCGUUACUAUCGAUUGCUUUGCUAGUGCUUUAUAUACUGCACUGCGCUUAUUGUUGAUCACAUACAUUUCUCGAUUAUUGUUUGAAAAUAUGUAAAAUAAAUUUAACAUGUAAGUCAAAAUAAACUUGUAUAGAAUAUUUAAAAAAUGUAAAAAAAGGAAUUUUGGACAAACGUUAAAAAUUGCGCUUUAUACUACAAGAUUUAAUUGCUGUAUCAUAUAUAUAUAUGCUCAUGUAACCAUAACUUAGUAAUAAUCUUAAUAAUAUAAUAAUCAGAAUAUUUGGUGUUGUAGCGUACGAAGGUAAGCCCCGGGUCAGUUCGGGUAUAGGUAUUAUUAUUAUACUAGUCUUAAACGAUUACGCCGAUUGUCAUAUGUACUACGCAGACUAUAGAUGUACUAGUGGUGACGACCGCCGGGAGCUGCCGCGGCCCCUGCCGCGACCAGUAGACUAGACACGCCACGACACAAGUAGCUUUAAUUUGGCGAACCUCAAGAAAAUGCCAGUGCCUAAAAGAACCUCUGAAACAGAAUAUGUCUAACAAAAUAAAAUGUUAUAAAAAAUAUAUAAGCCUUUCAGAAUUACAAACUUUUAAAGUAAUCAUAAGAGUUUAUUUUAAUUUAGUUGGAAUGUAUUCGUUAGUCAAGUUAUCUAUGCCAAAUGUUUAUACAACCCUGUACGGUGUUGGGAGCGUGAAUGAAAUGAUGUAGGUCACUAGCGGGCAGGCGCCGCAGCCCGCAGCGCGGAGCCGCGCACGCUUCUCACCUCAUGCCGACUGUCCAUUUAGUUUCACCGUCAGAUGUAUUUUACUACGUGAGUUUCUUGUAGAGAAGCCAUUAACACGGUACAACUUUCGAAUUUUAAUGUUAACGUGAUAAUUUUUAUAUAUGUGAUGCCUUUAUAGGAGUUGUUGAGGAACUGGCUACUUUACACGAUCCGUUAACGUGUUGUGAAAAAUGCCGGUCGCGGUGCCGCUCGGGCCUAAAUCAAAUCGUAAUCGGGGUCGAGAAAAGGUCUCACUAUCCUAUAAUACUUUCUCAGAAUCAUGUAUCUAUCUUUUUUUUUUGUAAUCCGAACUUAAUUUCAUAGUUAGGUUAGGUUCUCAUUCCACUGAGAAAGUAAUUAAUAUAAAAGUGAGAUGGCUCGAUGGCAUGGCGUCUCGCAAUUUUCGCAGAUCAUAACCUUCAGCGAUGGCUAACCUACGUGCUGAGUGCGGGCCCGUCUCGCUCACGGCGUCGCUGCCGCCGUUGCAGGGCGUCGAUGUGACGCCGGUUAGCUCGCUGGGCGGUUGUGACACCGUAUACGUUAGAACGAACGCAUAUUCUAAAGUUCUUGUGAUUGUUUGCCGUCUGCCGGCCCCGCGGGCCGGCACAUCAUGUUUAUAGCUUGUACGACUCGUGCGAAUAGGUACAUACAUAUACCAAUAAACGAUGUGAUUACGCCA